CCGGGUGGGAAGUCACCCUCCAGAAAGAACCCGAUAGCGGACCAAAGACACAUGAACAAUUCGGACUCGGCGGAGUCAGCCCCACGCAAGUCACUUUCAUGGCAGUGGCACGCAAAAUCAAAACUUUGCUGACCGUCAACAUUUUGGUGUUUUUGGGGAUCAUCUUGUUCUCGGUCUACUGCAGAAUCCAGGACCGAUCCGAGGAGUUCGUCCAGAUCGGACGCGCUUCUGACCAGAGGCUGCGCGCCAGACAUGGUAAAGUUACCAACUUGAUGGACAGGCAGUCUAUUCUGCAGCGGCUAGAGAGGCUGGAGGAUGUCGUCUACAAUCAGCUCAACGGUUUAGCAAAGCCCAUUGGGUUAGUGGAGGGUCCCGGAGGACUCGGUCAAGGGGGAGCUGCCGCCUCGCUUGGAGAGGACAGCCGCGACGCCGAGGGGAAGUAUGAAGAGUAUGGCUACAAUGCUCAGCUCAGUGACAGGAUUUCCCUGGACAGGAACAUCCCAGACUACAGGCCUAAAAAGUGUAAGCAGCUGACGUAUGCUGACGACCUUCCCCAAAUCUCUGUGGUCUUUAUCUUCGUGAAUGAGGCUCUGUCAGUGAUACUGCGCUCUGUCCACAGUGUGGUCAACCACACACCAACUCACCUGCUCAAGGAGAUUAUCCUGGUUGAUGACAACAGCGAUAGUGUGGAGCUGAAAUUCAACUUGGAUCAGUAUGUGAACAAACGUUACCCAGGUCUGGUCAAGAUCGUGAGGAACAGCAAAAGGGAGGGUCUGAUCCGAGCCAGAAUACACGGCUGGAAUGCAGCCACAGCUCCUGUUGUUGGUUUCUUUGAUGCCCACGUCGAGUUCAACAUUGGCUGGGCUGAACCUAUUCUAACCCGAAUGAAAGAGGAUCACACCCGUAUCAUUUUGCCCGCUAUAGACAACAUCAAAUACAACACAUUUGAGGUGCAACAGUAUGCCAAUGCCGCCCACGGGUACAACUGGGGGCUGUGGUGUAUGUACAUCAUUCCUCCACAGGAGUGGCUGGACAAGGGCGACGAGACGGCCCCUAUCAGAACGCCCGCUAUGAUUGGCUGCUCUUUUGUGGUAGAUCGUGACUACUUUGGAGAGAUUGGUCUGCUGGAUCCUGGCAUGGAGGUCUAUGGAGGGGAGAAUAUCGAGCUUGGCAUGAGGGUGUGGCAAUGUGGCGGCAGUAUGGAAGUCCUGCCGUGCGCAAGAGUGGCUCACAUCGAGCGCACCAAAAAGCCCUACAACAAUGAUAUUGAUUACUAUGCUAAGCGCAAUGCCCUGCGAGCCGCAGAGGUGUGGAUGGACGAAUACAAAUCUCACGUCUACAUGGCUUGGAACAUUCCCAUGAAUAACCCAGGGGUUGAUUUUGGAGAUGUUUCUGAGCGCUUGGCUUUAAGGAAAAGACUGCAGUGUCAAAGUUUUCGCUGGUACCUUGAACAUGUCUACCCUGAGAUGCGGAUCUACAACAACACCAUCACAUAUGGCGAGGUGAGGAACAGCAAAGCAAGUGGCUACUGUCUGGACCAGGGCUCUGAGGAUGAUGACAAAGCAAUCCUCUACCCAUGCCAUGGCAUGUCCUCACAGCUUGCCCGCUACUCUACUGAUGGAGUUUUACAGCUUGGACCCCUGGGGUCAACCACCUUCCUGCCUGAUACAAAAUGCCUUGUUGAUGACGGCAGAGGACGUAUUGCCAGUUUGAAAAAAUGUGAAACUGUUGCCAGGAUUUCCCAACGGCUUUGGGAUUUCACACAGAACGGUCCAAUCAUCAGCAGGGACACGGGUCGUUGCUUAGAAGUGGAAAUGUCAAAAGAUGCCAACUUUGGCCUUCGUCUAGUGGUGCAGAGAUGCUCAGGUCAGAAGUGGAUCAUACGAAACUGGAUUAAACAUCCCAGACAGUAA